CACUGUCGGAAAUACUAAACGUUUUGGUGUUGAAAAAAGUCGGACCAGAAUCUAUUGUGGUGAUGUUGGAGAGGAGUGAACGAGCUGGCUACAGAGACGGGAGAUAUAUUAUGAGUACGCGGACCAACACGCGGAAACCGGAUGAAUAUGGAUACUAAUGCACAUCGCAGAUAUUAGUACAUUUUAAUGAAAAGGGACUCGCUGCGGACAAUCUGAAUUAUCCGGUAGACGGAAGAGUUAAGAACCAAAAUCACAACUGUUUAUUUCAUUAGCUAGCAGGCUAGCUGGCUAGUUUCAAUGCGGGUCUGGAAAUGGGGGAAUCUCGUCCGAAAUUGACUCAAUAAGGAUUUAUAUCGUGCACGGAAUAAACAUCUUGUACUCGUUGUUGUUUUUACAAAGUACGUGAUUUCCCGUGGAGAUCGUAGCGGCAACUUUAAAGAAGAAUGAUGCCCCUAAACUGAACAUUAAAAGUGAUCCACCAAAAAAACCAAGAAAGUCGUACAGGACUCGCAGGCCUGUGUCAGAGUUUGGCAUGGGGUUACUGUGCCAGCCUUGCCCCUACCAGGCGCUCUAGAUGAUGAUGAUUCCCCAGCGCAACAUGACAGAGAGGCAGUGAGGCUCGGCUAGCCCCCACCCGACCCGACGAUACUCUCAACACUCCCUUGUUCUACUCUAACUGCUGACCCCCACAUCCUGUCCCACCAUGCUGCGUUUCCUGCCUCUGAAGCUGGGUCGUCUCUACCGUUGUCUGAAGCUUCUGCUGGUGGUGGGCCUGUUUGUUAUCCUCCUGAUGAACACCCACAACCUGUUCGCCUCCUUCCAGAAGAACGAGCUGACGGACCGCCGCUUCAUCAACCUCAACAAGUGCCCCGCCUGCUUCGGCACCAGCUGGUGCAGGAAGUUCAUGAACGGCCAGGUGUCUUUCGAGACCUGGGGACGCCUGCGCUUCCUGGAUGUCUUCAACGUCAAGAACGUGUACUUCGCCCAGUACGGAGAGCCGCGCGAGGGGACGAGGCGUGUGGUGCUCAAACGCCUGGGAUCCAAUCAGGAGCUGGCGGACAUCGACCAGAAGAUCUGUAAGAGAGCUACUGGCCGCCCGCGCUGCGACCUCAUCCAGGCCAUGUACAAGACGGAGUUCGCCAGGCUGAACGGGGACGUGAGGCUGCUGACCCCUGAGGUGGUAGAGGGCUGGUCUGACCUGGUGCACUGCCCCUCCCAGAGGCUGCUGGACAGGGUGGUGCGACGUUAUGCCGAAACCAAAGACUCUGGCAGCUUCCUGCUGAAGAACCUGAAGGACACCGAGAGGAUGCAGUUACUGAUGACCCUGGCCUUCAACCCUGAGCCACUCGUUCUACAGAGUUUCCCGUCAGACGAGGGCUGGCCGUUCGCCAAGUACCUGGGGGCGUGUGGUCGCGUGGUGGCGGUGAACUACGUCGGCGAGGAGCUGUGGUCUUUCUACAACGCUCCGUGGGACAAGAGGGUCGACCUGGCCCGACAGCUGAUGGACAUCGCUGAGCAGCUCACCAACAACGACUUUGACUUCGCCCUCUACCUGCUGGACGUGAGCUUCGAUAACUUCGCCGUGGGGCCGCGGGACGGAAAGGUCAUCGUGGUGGACGCUGAGAACGUCCUGGUGGCGGACAAGAGGCUGAUCAAACAGAAUAAACCAGAGAACUAUGACGUGUGGUACGAGAGUCGCUUCGAGGACUGUGACAAGGAAGCCUGCCUGUCCUUCUCCAAGGAGUCUCUGUGUAACCGCGUCACCGUGGACCACAACUACUACGCUGUGUGUCAGAACCUGCUGUCGCGUUACGCCACGUGGCGAGGGACCACCGGCGGCCUGCUCCACGACCCCCCCGCCCACGUAGCCAAAGACGGCCAGCUGGAAGCGCUGUUGGACGAGUGUACCAACCCUAAAAAACGCUACGGACGCUUCACGGCCGCCAAGGAGCUGAGGGACUACCUCACCCAACUAGUUUCCUCCUCCUCCUCCUCAGCCACGGCGAGGUGAUGAACAGAGCCUACUACCCUGACCAUGUCCCCAGGAACUUAACCCUUGAUCUUCCUCGUCUCACUUCAAGUGCAGGAGAUCUCCUCACUGGUCACACAGCAGUGGUUUGGUCUCCUUCCUGGUGGAAACCCAAACUGAUCGUUAGGAGAUGUUUAAAGGGAACUAGGAAGUCCUUCACUGCUGGUUUAUAUUAUUCCUUCUGACUUUGUUUGGUAGCUGGUGAGAAUGAGGUGCUUGGAGCUAGUGGACCAGGAGAAGGGGAUCGACAGGCCCAGAGCAGGACCCCAGAGCAGGACUGUUCUCCUGGGGGAGAGCGCCUGGCUACUCUAAUGGAGCAUGUGGUGUCUGACUCAAUGACUCCUCUCUCCUCUGUCUGUCCACCAGGACCCCUCUGUCUGUCCACCAGGACCCCUCUGUCUGUCCACCAGGACCCCUCUGUCUGUCCACCAAGACCCCUCUGUCUGUCCACCAGGACCCCUCUGUCUGUCCACCAGGACCCCUCUGUCUGUCCACCAGGACCCCUCUGUCCACCAGGACUCUUGUGUUUGCUAACAUUGAAUCUUAACAAUAUGUUUUUUCUACCAGAACCUGUUGUUCUUAUGGUUCGGGGUUGAAUGAAUCUCAGAACAGGACCGUGUGUCAGAAGGCUGGUCUGAGGGGAAGGUACCUCUCCUAUAGUCCCACAGUUCAGCAGGUAAAGAGAGGGAGGUGCUGUUAGUGUUCAUGACCCUGUAGGAACCUCCCUGUCUGUUCUGACCCUUUAGGAACCUCCCUGUCUGUUCUGACCCUGUAGGAACCUCCCUGUCUGUUCUGACCCUGUAGGAACCUCCCUGUCUGUUCUGACCCUGUAGGAACCUCCCUGUCUGUUCUGACCCUGUAGGGACCUCCCUGUCUGUUCUGACCCUGUAGGAACCUCCUGUAGGAACCUCCCUGUCUGUUCUGACCCUGUAGGAACCUCCUGUAGGGACCUCCCUGUCUGUUCUGACCCUGUAGGGACCUCCCUGUCUGUUCUGACCCUGUAGGAACCUCCCUGUCUGUGUCUGGAAACACAAGCUGAAAUAGAACUCAGCCCAGGGUCAGGAUGAACCAAGCUGAAAUAGAACUCAGCCCAGGGUCAGGAUGAAGCAAGCUGAAAUAGAACUCAGCCCAGGGUCAGGAUGAACCAAGCUGAAAUAGAACUCAGCCCAGGGGAAGGUUUAACCAAGCUGAAAUAGAACUCAGCCCAGGGGAAGGUUUAACCAAGCUGAAAUAGAACUCAGCCCAGGGUCAGGAUGAACCAAGCUGAAAUAGAACUCAGCCCAGGGUCAGGAUGAACCAAGCUGAAAUAGAACUCAGCCCAGGGUCAGGUUUAACCAGGCUGAAAUAGAACUCAGCCCAGGGGAAGUUUUAACCAAGCUGCUGAAAUAGAACUCAGCUCAGGGGAAGGUUUAACCAAGCUGAAAUAGAACUCAGCCCAGGGGAAGGUUUAACCAAGCUGAAAUAGAACUCAGCCCAGGGUCAGGAUGAACCAAGCUGAAAUAGAACUCAGCCCAGGGUCAGGAUGAACCAAGCUGAAAUAGAACUCAGCCCAGGGUCAGGAUGAACCAAGCUGAAAUAGAACUCAGCCCAGGGGAAGGUUUAACUAAGGGGAAGGUUUAACCAAGCUGAAAUAGAACUCAGCCCAGGGGAAGGUUUAACCAAGCUGAAAUAGAACUCAGCCCAGAGGAAAGUGUAACCAAGCUGAAAUAGAACUCAAUAGAACUCAGCCCAGAGGAAGGUUUAACCAAGCUGAAAUAGAACUCAGCCCAGGGGAAGGUUUAACCAAGCUGAAAUAGAACUCAGCCCAGGGUCAGGAUGAACCAAGCUGAAAUAGAACUCAGCCCAGGGUCAGGAUGAACCAAGCUGAAAUAGAACUCAGCCCAGGGGAAGGUUUAACCAAGCUGAAAUAGAACUCAGCCCAGGGGAAGGUUUAACCAAGCUGAAAUAGAACUCAGCCCAGGGGAAGGGUGAACCAAGCUGAAAUAGAACUCAGCCCAGAGGAAGGGUGAACCAAGCUGAAAUAAGGGCCCCUGUUUGAAUAGUUAAAAAUGAAAUGCAUCCUUAAUUCCUUCCUUGGUGUAAACUCUGAUCUGACAUCGGUUAAGGUGAAAGACAUUUAGUGGAAUCACUUGGAAGUCCCAACACUUCCAAAUAGACUCCUCUCCUUAUUUCAUUUCCUUCACUACCAGUCAACAUGCUCUGUCCCAACACUUCCAAAUAGACUCCUCUCCUUGUGUCCUUACCUUCACUACCAGUCAACAUGCUCUGUCCCAACACUUCCAAAUAGACUCCUCUCCUUGUUUCCUUUCCUUCACUACCAGUCACUAUCACUGUUGUUGUAUAAUAUAUAAGAGGUUAAAGAACUGGAAAGAGGAACAUCCUGUCUUUCACCUAUCAGGAUCUUUCAGAUGAGUGGUGUUGUGUGGGUAAAGGAACAAGGACAGGAAGUGAUUUGGAAGAAUUGAGUCAUAUUUCCAUUGCGGUACCUACAGAGUCUGGAAUUAGCGUUAAUUGAUUUGAAUGGCUUUUUAGUGUCUAGUUUGUCUAAUGUUUUCUCCAAUCUCCUCUACAGUUCCACUGUCUGUCUGUUCUGUUUGAAAAGGGAAAUGCUGAUUCUGUCUUAACUCUUCUGUGUGUGUGUGGGGUUUGUUUUGUUGUUGUACUUCCUCAACAGUCCCGAUUUUGACUCCUCACAUGUUGUAAUUUCUUUUGAGUUUUGUGUUCGAUAUUAAACGUUGCCUCUUCGCUCCUCAGCGAACGCUCUGAGCCAUCGAGCUUUAAAAUGGUCUAUAUUUCUAAUCUCCAGCCAAUGUUAUGGGGAUUCAAAGCAGAUCCAGAAGUUGGUUGUCCUUCUACAGGUCUGGGGGCAGGUUCAUGACCCCUGUCUGUCUGGUAAAGCAAUAACGACUAGUUUGGCUGAAAAAAAUGGAUAGGAUUAUUAUAGUUAUAGUUAUUAUUAUAGUUAUGAUUUAGAAUCUCCUUGUGGAUGUCUGAAAUGGCACCCUAUUCCCUAUAUAUAGUGCACGACUUUUGACCCCAUGGUAGUGCACUAAAUAAGGAAUAGGGUGCGAUUUCGGACUCAAACGCCUGGGUUUGUUGUCAUCGGGAAUGUUUCCUGUUUCCUGUUUCCCCCCCGGGGGGCCUGGAGGAUUCUAAUUGGUUUGUUCAGUAGUUGGAGGAGGGGUUUGUAUGUAAAUAACUGUCUGCUUUUGUACUGUGAUGUUUCAUUUGAGUAUUUUAUAUCAGCGGUGUCUGAUUUCACUGUGCCUUUCAUUCAAAGGUUGUAUUUACAACUUUUUAGUGGGUUUAAAUAUUAAAAUAUAUAUAUAUAUAUAU